GGAACCCCAUACAGCUCCCUCCUCCCUCUCGCCAUGUCGCAAGCUCCGGAGCGCAUUCUCUGUCAGGACGGAUGGAGCGUAGAGAGAAGAUGCCCAGAGCCGCUCUCUGCCCCAACUCUCUAAACAAACGGCUAAACGACAAUAAGUUGACGUUUGUCUGCGAAAAUAACGAGUCACCUCGCAGCCUGUCGUUUUUAAAGUUUACUAGAAGUUAGGCAUCGCUCCUGCCAAGAUGGUGCCAUUGUAGCGUGCAGUUGCGCUGAGACGGGUGUUUGUAUGCUAUGGAGAGCCGAUGAGAAUAAAGCAGCGUAGCUUUUGGAGACAGCCGUGAUAGCACGCCGGUCGCCGAAGAGCGUCAACCGCUUCUUCGUAAGCACGGAACGGCGCUCAGUUCAACAACACUGUCAUUUGAAUGGACAUCAUCCAACGCGCUAACAGGGAACGAUGCAUUCAGUGUAGAGGGACAUACAGGUACAGAGCAAGUAGUCGGUCGGACACUUUAUUAGAUAAGGUUGACUAUUUGAGUUUGGAAAAGGGAUGUCUAUUUAAUACGAACGCUUAAGGUUACGUCUCUGCUCAUUGUUCGAUGUUGUGCACUGAUUGAAAGGGGACGACGGCAGUGGCCUUAUAGAAACAGAAUUGGACAAUGAGUCUUCUUGGAUACGCAAACGCGUCUACAUUUAGCUGUGCCUUAAAACCACACGUUCUAUGACCUCUCAUCCACGCCAGUACUGUGAAUGUUCCCCGUAGAUUUGUGGACGUUUCCCCGCAUGUGGUUGGCGAAGUCACGUUAUAGCUUUGCGCUCCGAGGGAUUUGGUGAACUUCGCUCGCAGUCUCCACAGUGAUUCUUUGUCUGAACGGAUCUCCGUUCCCUCUUUUGGGGUAUCAUGGCAGCAGAGAGUCGAGGGGCAUGGACUGCUUUUGCACCAAAGGACGGCUGUAAUUCAUUAGGAUUUCUAAUGAUAUUCCUUGUGGAUUUACUGGGUGUAUCGGCAGCCAACAUGGAGCCUAUUUAUUGGAAUUCAUUAAACAAAAGGUUCGGGGAUGACCGGGGCUACGUGCUCUACCCCCAGAUAGGGGACCGUCUGGACCUGAUCUGCCCCUCGUCCAGCCAGGCGGGGCCCCGGGCCCCCAGCGAGUACGAGUUCUACAAGCUGUACCUGGUGUCCACGCGCGAGCAGGCCGACCGCUGCGAGGUCAUGGGCCCCCCCAACCUGCUGCUCACCUGCGACAAGCCCGCCAGCGACAUGCGCUUCACCAUCAAGUUCCAGGAGUUCUCUCCCAACCUCUGGGGACAUGAAUUCAAGAGCCUCCAGGACUACUACAUCAUCGUACGCCGGCCCCCCUCAGCACCAUCGUCCCAGAGGGCUGCCCCCCCCAGCAGAGCGCUGGUCCCCCCCCCGCCCGCCCUAAGGACUUCCCCUCCAGGGGGCCGGACCUCGGACCGGGCCCCUGGAAACGCCCCGCGCCCCACCCCCCACCCCCACAGAAAGCACCCGGCCCACCGCAGCCCGCCCCACCAGCAGCCCCUGCCCCCCAGGGAGGAGCGGCCGGCCAAGAGGAGCAGGACCUCCAGCCCUGAGCAGUGUCAUCGUGUAUUGAAGCGCGUGGCGGGCCCAGACCGGACCCCCUCGCCCCCCAGGCCAGGCGUGUGGUGCCCCCCGUACGACAGAGUGGGACCCCGGACUCAUCCAGACACCAGGAGGGUGUCCUCCAGGCCUCCGGGGGGCGCUGUGCUCCACCCUCCUAAGCCCACAGGCCACCUCCCGCCCCCCUCCCACCCCCGACACCGCCCCCCCGCCCAGCACCUGUCUGGCCCCCGAGGGGGUGCGGAGGGUCAGCCCCCCUCCUCACCAGCAGCCACCGGAUUGCCUUACAGCCCCAACGCAGGCCCCGCCCCCUCCCAUCGCCAACCGCGCCACACAGGCCCCGCUCACACCCUGCAGCCACGCCCCCCGGAGGCCAGGCGAGCCCAGGGGCGUCACGGCAACCACGGCACGGAACAUCCCUGCAGCAGUGUGAGGGCAGAGGGGAGGGAUCUUCCUGCUGCCGAGGAUUCUGGGAUGAACGUCACACACCGACCCCCCCUCAACGGCAGCCUUAGAGACGGAGGCUCAAAGCCCACCGGCCUCCCACCCCCCCGCAGAGAUCCGAGGGGCCCUGGCCCUGGGGUGGCGGCUUCCCCAGCCCACCACCGGACACCCAAACGUGGGCUCCCCAGCUCCGCCUGCCCCCCUGGGGCUCCGCCAGGACCGGACCCCAGGGUUCAGAGGUCAGGGGUCAACCCCUCGCAGGGGCCCCAGGUGGACCCCUCCCCCAGACCCCCACUCAGCAGAGCCGUGGGGGGGGGGGAGCCCCAGGAACACAAACUGCCCGGCCGCAAGGGCAAGAACACGGGGAGGAGAGCGGGCCAGGGCGAGGAGAACGAGAGGGUGGAGAGGAAGGCGCAGGGGAGGAAACGAAGGAAGGAGAAAGGAGAGAAAGGGGUGGAAGGUUGA